AAAAUAUAAUAAAUAAGAAGAAUACUAACUGACCAAUAAAAGGCCUAUAAUUUGUCAGAAUUAGAAGGGACAUCACAAGAUUUCCAAGAUUUAUGUCCAAAAACAAAAUCUUGCUGAAGAAGCAAAGCUAUGUAUGUUACUAGUAUUAUACUAGCUACUAAUAGGUGUACUUAGGUAGGGACACAUUUGGAAUUUUACAAAACAAUACAUCUCUUUCUAUUCUUAUUUAUUGUUACUAUUAUAUCAUCAAUUUAUUCAGUCUUUUCAUUUCUCUCUCACUUUCCAAAAUUCUUCUAUAAUGUCUUCUUCUCCGGUGGAUUAUUCAUCGAAAUGUGUGAUGUUUCCGGCAAGACCCGGUUAUGGUAUUGUUGGUAGAAAGUGUUUGAUCAAAGCUAAUCACUUCACACUCCAACUUGUUACCACCAUCCAUAACUAUAAGGGUCUCUAUCAUUACCAUGUAUGGAUAAGUCCUCAAGUAACAUCCAUGAAAUUAAACAGAGAUAUCGUUAAAGAGUUGGGAACUUUGAACUAUUUAGGUAAUGUGAGAGUUGCCUAUGAUGGUAGAAAUACUAUCUACUCUGUUGGGGAGUUACCAUUUUCUUCAAAUGAAUUUAUUCUUAAGUUUCCCACAACAAAAACAACAACAACCACCAGUGAAUGUGAGUUUAAGGUUAGCAUCAGGUUCGUUUCAAGGAUAGACUUAUGUAAUCCACAAAGCUUUUUACACACCAUUCAACCACUUAAUGUUGCUCUCAGAUCAGCUCCAUCAGAAAUGUAUAGUGUUGUGGGAAGGUCUUUUUAUCAUGACACAAUGAGUAGAGCUGGUGAGCUUGGAGAUGGUGUAAUGUAUUGGAAAGGUUUCUAUCAAAGUUUGAGGCCAACUCAAUUGGGGCUUUCUCUUAACAUUGAUGUGUCAGCAAAGGCUUUUUAUGAACCUAUUGAGGUAACUGAUUUUAUCUUCAAAAACUUUAAUGUGAGAUACAAUUCGACGCCAUUGGAUGAUCAUGUUCGGGUUCAGCUAAGGAAAAAUUUAAGAGGGGUUAAAGUAACAUGUAGACAUUUGGAUGAUACAAUGUUGUUCAAAGUUUUUGGGGUAUCGACAGAGCCAUUGAACAAUUUAAUGUUUGAUCUUGAUGGUAACACGAUUUCGGUUGUUACGUACUUUCAAGACAAGUACGAAAUUCAGCUCGAAUAUGUGACAUGGCCUGCUCUGCAAGUAGGAAGUGCAACAAAGCCGAUUUACUUGCCCAUAGAGGUUUGUAGAAUUGUUGAGAGGCAAAGAUGCUGCAAGAAACUCAACCAAAGGCAAGUAACCAAUCUAUUAAGGGAAACUUGUCAACGACCGUACGAAAGGGAGGAAACCAUUAGGCAAAUUUUUCGACAAAACAAUUACAAUGAUCAAAAUCUUGUUCGCGAUUUUGGAAUUAAUGUUGCAAACGACAUGACAUUGAUUAAUGCUCGAGUUUUGCCUCCACCAUUGCUUUUAUACCAUGAUACUGGGAAUGAAGCUACUGCCAAUCCUCAACUCGGACAAUGGAAUAUGAUCAAUAAAAAAAUGAUCAAUGGUGGCCAUGUAAAAUCUUGGACUUGUGUGAACUUCUCACAUGAAAAUCCAAAUAUUCACAAUCGCUUUUGUGAUGAACUAGUCAAUAUGUGCAUCAGUAGAGGAAUGGCUUUCCAAACCGCGCCAGUAAUUCCUUCGCGCGCUUGGCCAGCUAACGAAAUUGAGGAGGCCUUGAAAUAUGUUCAUGACCAAUGCAACAUGAUACUCGGAAACAAACAACUUCAGUUGCUAAUAAUUAUCUUGCCUGAUUUUUCGGGUUCAUAUGGGACAAUUAAACGAGUUUGUGAAACUGAGCUAGGAAUUGUUUCACAAUGCUGCCGGCCUAAACAUGCAGCGAAGCUCAACAACAAGCAAUACUUGGAGAAUCUAUCAUUGAAAAUCAAUACCAAGGUUGGUGGGCGAAAUACAGUGUUAAGUGAUGCUCUUAAUAAGAGAAUUCCUUUUGUGUCUGAUGUCCCGACGAUAAUCUUUGGCGCGGCUUUUACACAUCCAAAGCCCGAAGAUUACUCAAGCCCUUCAAUAGCAGCUGUGGUUGCCUCGAUGGAUUGGCCCGAGGUGACCAAAUAUAGAGCGUUGGUAUCAGCGCAACAGCACACCGAGGAGAUCAUCCAAGAUCUUUAUAAAGUAACUACAGAUGAUAAAGGGAGCAUAGUCCAUGGAGGAAUGAUAAGGGAUCAUUUAAUUGCUUUCAGCCGAUCAACCGGAGCCAAACCUCACCGGAUUAUAUUCUACCGAGAUGGCGUUAGUGAUGGACAGUUCAAUCGAGUGUUGCUUUACGAAAUGGAUGCGAUAAGAAAGGCUUGUUCAUCGCUCGAGGAAGAAUAUCUUCCUCGAGUGACAUUUGUUGCUAUUCAGAAAAGGUGUCAUACUCGCCUUUUCCCUGCUGAUUACAACGAUCGCAAUUCAAUGGACAAGAGUGGCAACAUUCUACCAGGCACUGUUGUUGAUACUCAUAUCUGCCACCCAACUCAAUUCGAUUUUUACCUCAAAAGUCAUGCUGGAAUUCAGGGAACAAGUCGUCCUGCUCACUACCAUGUCUUGUUCGACGAGAACAACUUCACAGCUGAUGCCUUACAAGUUCUCACAAACAAUCUAUGCUACACGUAUGCAAGGUGCACGAAAUCAGUGUCUAUCGUUCCUCCUGCAUAUUAUGCACAUUUGGCUGCGAUUCGUGCUCGUUGCUACAUUGGAGUAGCAGUUGAUGAAGAAGAAACUGAUGUUGGCCCAAGAACUUAUCAACCCCUUCAGGUGAUCAAUGGGAACCUUAAAGAUGUGAUGUUCUAUGUCUAAGAAUAUUCUUAGCUGUUUUUUUUGGGGGGUAAAUAUGUUUUAUUUAGUUAAUUGGUAGAUGUUAUUAACUAUGUUUUUUGGUUUGAUGUGGAGUUUGGAGGAGAAUGGGGAUAUUUGGUAGUUAAAAGAAAUGUUAAUUUGGUUGGUACAUUUUUGAAUGGAGUGAAGUUUUUUCAGUACAAGACCAGAGUCUCUUUUUGUAUGUUUUAGACUUUUUCUAUAAUAAUAUAUUAUGAUCAUCGUUCACAAAUACUUUUGUUUUUUAAUUUUUAAUUACAAAAUAAAAGUAAAAUUUUGUUUUCAAAAAUUUUAUUUUUGAAAUACAAAAAUGUGUUCUGUAACUAUUUUUGUUUUUUAAUUUUAAAAAUAAAAAAUAGAAAUGUAUUCUGUGAAGUUCAUUUUUAUUUUUAUUUUGACUGAUUUAAGUUGGGUCUAGAUCCGAGAUCGGUUUCAAGUUCAAGUCAGAGGUUACGUUCUGCACUAUGGCCUGGGGGGAUUUGAGUCCUAGUUUGGUCAGAUUCUAAUAUAUUAAUUAAGAAAAAAAAAUUAUUUAAAAAAAUAUUAAAAGUGAUUUUUUCUUGUUUUAUAAUUUUGAUUUUUAAUAUUGAAAAAUGAAAACUAUUUUAUAGAACAUAUGUUUAAAAAAUAUUUUUACUUUUCUAAUUUUAAAAAUAGAAAAUUAAUUACAAAAGUGUUACCAAAUGUUACAUAUAUAU